AUGACGGUAGCUCAAUGGAUUUUAUCCUGGCAUCCAGCCGGCAAAACUUCCUCGCAGUCCGUCUUCAACAUUCCAGGACGCAUUGCCUGGUCUGUUAUGGAGAUUGUCGGUCCUAUCAACUUGAUAUAUUGCAUGGUCACCCCAUCGCCAUAUGCGCCCUCAUUCACUGAUCUCCCAAUGUCCAACAUCCUCAUUGUAACUCUGUACUGCACCCACUAUUUCAACCGUGCUAUCAUCUCCCCUUUCUUCUCUGCCCCCAGCAUGUCCCCAAUCCACGUCAUCAUCAUGUCCUUCGCUAUGCUCUUCAAUUGGUUCAACUCAGCAUGUCUGGCCGGCUGGUUGCGCGGAUAUACAGUGUCGACUAUCCCAAGCUUCCACACAGCUAGCAGCGGGAAUCCAUCUCGCUCUGCGGUGGUGGAUCUCCUCCCCACCGUGGGUGUAAUUUUAUUCGCCAUUGGAAUGGCCGGAAACAUCUAUUCAGAGACAGCACUAUUCCGACUCAGACGCGAAGAAGCCGAAACACGCGCUGCCAAAAAGACAGAUGAUGGAACCCCGGCCGGAGACGAAGCACAAGGCAGCCGGAAUAAGUUCCACAAGGUUUACGUCAUUCCACCUACCCGUGGUGUCUUCCGAUACAUCUUGUACCCGCACUACGUCUUCGAAUGGAUCGAGUGGAUUGGGUUUGCACUUGCUGGUACGGCAGUUGCCCCAUUAUCCGCACUCCCUGCUUCCAUCUCAGCACCUUCCAUGGCGAUCGCUCCCCCGUUGCGUCUUGCGCCUUGGUUGGUGCCUGCUGCGUGGGCGGCUGAUAAGCUCGCUGUACCGCUGCCUUUGCCUGCCGUGGUGUUUGUUGUCAAUGCGGUGACCAAUAUGUUGCCCCAUGCGCGCUGGGGACGGAAGUGGUAUGUUGAUAAGUUUGGGGAGAAGGAUGUUGCUGGGAGGGGUGCUGUUGUCCCUGGAUGUUCGUGGAUGUGA